GCAGAGCUUAAACAAUUCUCGGAACUUGCCUGGCUCGCACCGAGCCGCCCCUGUUCUUGGCAGCAGUCGACUCAAAGAGCAAGCCGGAAGAGACAUGUGGUGGGACGAAGACGACGAUCGAGAAGCCUUUGCAGCUUUGGAGGAGGAAGAAGAAGAAGGACAAGACUUCUAUUCUCCUUUCGGCUUCCUCUCGCUCCUAUCCAGACCAAAGGACUACUACAAAAUUCUGGAAGUUGAUUAUGAUGCCACUGAGGAGGCCAUUCGGUCUAACUUCAUACGUCUAGCAUUGAAAUGGCAUCCUGAUAAAAAGGGAAACAAUGCUACUACGAGAUUCCAAGAUAUCAAUGAGGCAUACAAGGUUUUAAGUGAUCCUAACAAGAGACGGCAGUAUGACAGGAAAGGAUUUCAUGGUAUCCAAGACUACAAUGUCAUAGAAUUCCUUGAUCGAUACAAGGGUCUGAUUUUGACAUGCAAUGGCCUCGGCAUCGGAUAUCCAGUACUAUAGUGGAUUGAGGUAUCAGGCCCCUACUAUCUGCGUAAAUAUGGUGCAUCUUUCAAUGUUUUUGCAGAGGCAAGGACAAGUGAAAAAAAGAUAGCACUCAAAAUUCUAUGAUCACUAGCUCUUUUAAGUUUAUAAAGCCUUGAUUUGUUC